AUGUCCGAACUCAACAACGGCCCCGGGCGCCGUCCCGGCCUCCACCUCGGACCGGAGGUGGUCGACGCUUUCAGCAAAGCAGCCCGGGAGUUCAAGGCAAUCCUCAGCGUCAAAGACAGGGAGGAAUUCGAGAGCAGCAGGCGAGAACUCAUCCGCGGCGAGCUCAACAUCAUGCAGACUCAGCAGCAGGAGACGAAGUCGCUAGUGAAUCUGAAACGGUUGCAGAUGUUCCUCGACGGCAUGACAGCCCUGCAGGAGAUACUGGGGGAAUGGGGGCUCCGAGAAGUAAACAGCAUCAUGGCCUGCAUUUGGGGUCCGAUGAGGUUCCUUUUCAAAACAACACGACUCGACGACAAAGCCUUCGACAACAUACUGGACGUCUACCAACGCCUAGGCAUCCAGAUUCCCCCUCUGACCGAGUACAAAGAUCUCUUCAAAGCCUUCCCGGAUAGCAUAACGUGUCUGGUGCACAUCUACAAAGACAUUCUCGAGUUCCACGCUAUCGCCUACAAACUGUUUUCCCGUCGUCAAUCAUUCUGGCAGAAGCUCCACAGAGCAACGUGGAAAGACCUUAACUCAACCUUUGACCACCUCGCCGCCACCCUCAAGCUCCAUUUCGACAGCAUCCAAGACCACGGCCGUCCCUUCCGCGACCGCCACGCCUUCCGCACCGACUCGGGCUUCGACUCGGGCUCUGCCGAACUCACCUAUGAAGACAAGCGCAAGUUCGACGAGUACAGAAUCAACUAUAGGCAGAAGUGGAAGGACUUCAGGCAGUCCGAGGCAAAUCGCAAGGCCGCACAGAAGUCAAAGAUUAUAAAAUGGAUCGCAGCAUCUUCUGAGACGGAGCUACACUCCAAGUUCCGAGGUAUCAGAGAAAUAUGCCCCGAGAACGGGACCUGGCUGUGGAGGAAGCACGACGAGGUGUCCAACUGGAUGCGCGAAGAUCCGCCGGCGGAAUCGAACCUCUGGAUCCACGGACGCCGCGGCCUGGGCAAGACAGUCUUGUCAUCGCUUGUCGUCGAUGAGCUGGGCAAACUGGCUACCAAGGGCACAGACGUACCGCGGCAGACACAGAUAUGCUAUUUCUACUGCCAAAAAGACGACAACGAGCUAGAAACAUACCUGGGGAUCCUGAGAGGUAUCCUACACCAGCUCGUCUCGGCUGCAGAGCUACCCGACCCAGAGAACGAAUCUCUAGGGAACGAGUCCGGCAACCACAACCUUGCCAUCCUCCCCCUGUGCGAAGACAAGAUCACAUCGACUGGCGGCUCGACUCUCAACAACCAGGAUGUCGCGGAAGGGCUGAUAGAAGUCUUCUUCGAGGCCAGCACACGGCAGUACGUUGUCAUCGACGGACUGGACGAGUGCAAAGCGUCCACCGAGAUUCAGCAGACCGUGACCUUCUUUACGAAGCAAGUCACGAAGUGCGAGGACCUUUGCCAGGGCCAGCUGCGCGUUCUCUUCAUGAGCCAAACGUCGAAGGAGAUUGGCAAGUUGAUGUCGAAGCAUAAUAUCCAGACCAACGCUGGUGAAAUUGAGCUUGAUCCGAACGACAAUAUGGAGGACAUCAGGCGGUACGUGAGGACGCUGCUGAUUCGUGACGGCACGAAAUUCAGUCUUUCCGAGUGGGAUAAGCAGUACAUCGAAGACAAUAUCUCGGGGCGGAGUGAAGGUCUUUUUCUCUACGCACAUCUCGCGAUGGACUAUCUUCUCAAGCAAAUUAGCAAGGAUGACCUGCUAGCAAAGGCGAAGCUGGGCAAGCUUCCGAAUGGCCUCAAGGAGAUGUACUGCAAACUUCUGGAGGCAGUCAAACAACGACUCCUGGAUUUGGAGGAAGACGGCUCAUAUUGGAACAGCGCAAAACAGCUCCUCAGCUGGCUCAUUUGUGCCCACCGAACCCUCAAAUGGCACGAAAUACAAGCCAUUCUCUCCUUUGACCUAAAAACAGAGAUCAUAGACUUCAACCUGAAGAUGAUUCGCGUAGAGGUAAACGAAUUUUUGGGCUCGCUGGUUCAAGUCCUGCCCGGAGACAACAUCAGACUCAUCCAUAACUCAGCGAAAGAGUAUCUCGCCGAGACAGAGGACAUCGACGCCAAGUCCGUCCAGUGCGACCUCGCGAUCCGUUGCCUCCGCUACCUCUCCCUCCGCUGCUUUGUCGCCAGCGACUACAACGAGGCCGAGCGACAAGACCACAUCAUCCAAGGCUACUUCUCCUUCCAGGACUACGCCAUGGCGCAGUGGUACAAACACAUCAACACCGUCAUCGAAGAAAGCCGCCCUGUCCUCACGGGUGGACAGCAGGCGACGGAGAACUCUCCAGCCCUCACCGCCGCCCUCACCUUCGCAAUCCAAAAGUUCGUGACCGCCCACGACGACCUCAAACCCGCCCCGGCCUCCACCGCCGACCUCCCGCAGUCCAAAAUCGACUCUUUCAAUGACCUCCCCGACUUAUACCACCCCCUCCUCCGCCUCUGGAACCACAUCUGCCAGCACCAAAAAGACACCUCGGACAAGCGCAACAAGGUCGGCAUCGCCCGCCUCGAGAACGCCCUGAAAGCCCACCGCGACGCGAUUGAGAAGGACUUCAAGCCCUCCCGGCCGACGCUGAACGCCGACACCAUCGAGCACUACUACGGCCCGAACCUCUUCAAGUGCUCGCGCACGCUGUGCAAGUUCUUCCACCACGGCUUCGACAACAAGAAGGACCGCGACAGCCACCAGAACCGCCACGACCGGCCCUACCCGUGCCCGCUCGAGGAGCGCUGCGGCUUCGCGCCCGUCGGCUUCUCCUCCAACAAGGACCGCCAGCGGCACGUGCGGAACUACCACCCGCAGCUGAGCGACGCCCCCUCGGCGUUCCUGCACAUGCGGAGGCGCGUCGAGGCGGCCAAGUUCCAGUGCACCAUCUGCCACAAGAGCUUCACGCGCAACGUGAAUCUCAAGGGCCACGAGAGGAGCCACUUCGGGGAGCGGCCUUAUGCGUGUUCGCGUUGCGGGAAGGCGUUUGCGAGGGUGAACGAUUGUCGGCGGCACGAGAGGAUUCAUACCAGGAACGGGCAAUAG